GGAGUUCCUUUUUUUUUUUACACAGUUGUUGAAACAAAGAAAGUUACCCUCUUACAAUAAUCCAUAUACAUAUAUUUAUUACGUAUGCUUGGUGCCAGAAUCUUAACACGCUCAACUCGAUUGAAUACAGUUCGUACAAAUCUUAUUCGCCGUGGAGGAGGUCAUGGUACACCCAUUAACGAACCAGGGGGAUACCUUUUCAACGAAAAAACUCGAGUAAAGGAGGACUGGGAAAAUAUUUAUUAUUGGGGUAUGGGAGGUGGUUUCCUUGCCAUGGCUGUUGCCUUAUAUUAUAAACCAGAUACAAGUCUUAUUACUUGGGCUAGAAAAGAAGCUGAAAAAUCCUUGAAAGAAAAGGGCGUCUCUCUUGAAUACACAAAGACAACAUAAAGACUUGACUUCCCUCUUCCUUUAACUUAUUUUAUUUUUGACAUGAUUAAAGAACAUUCAAACAGUGAAGA